CCAAGAUGGCGGCGCCCAGCGGAGGAAGGAUCGGCGGCGGAAGCGCGAGUUUGUGGGCCGCUCUGCUGCUGGCGGCCGUGGCGCUGAGGCCGGCCGAGGCGGUGUCCGAACCCAUAACGGUGGCGUUUGACGUGCGGCCCGGCGGCGUCGAACACUCCUUCUCCCACAGCGCGGGCCCUGGGGACAAGUAUACUUGCGUGUUCACCUAUGCUUCUCAAGGAGGGACCAAUGAGCAGUGGCAGAUGAGCCUGGGGACCAGCGAGGACCAUCAGCAUUUCACCUGCACCAUCUGGAGACCCCAGGGAAAGUCCUACCUCUACUUCACCCAAUUCAAGGCGGAAGUGCAGGGCGCCGAGAUCGAGUACGGCAUGGCUUAUUCUCAAGCCGCAUUUGAAAGAGAAAGUGAUGUUCCCCUGAAAAAUGAGGAAUUUGAAGUGACCAAAACAACAGUGGCCCAUAGGCCGGGGACCUUCAAAGCUGAACUGUCCAAACUGGUGAUUGUGGCCAAAGCGCCCCGCAGUGAGCUGUGACCAGGAGCCCCACUGAGUGGCUUCUCCUCAUCAACUCUGAGGAGGCAAGGGCCUGGAGGACUGGCGUGUUCCCAAUUUCCUGGGGAUACUCAGCUUUCUGCCCUGUCGGGAGGAGUUCACCCAGCACUGAGGCACUGGAGCCAAAUUCAAAGGGCCCAGAGGCCAGAGGACCUGCCAGGCCCCUUCCUGGCUCUCCGGAACCUUCCCCACCUGCCCUCCUUUGUGCUUCCCAAACAGGAAUCCCUGUCUAAGACUCAGCUGCUUGUCCUUCUUACCAGGAAGGGCAUUGAGGCACGAGGAGGGUGGGUGUCAUGGCUUUUCUGGAGCUGUCUCGUGUGCCCCUCCACGAGGUGGGGGAUGCUGCCUGGGAGAACAGCCCCACCUCACUCUGACCAUCACGGGGCCCACAGCCCUCAUUCAUUUCCGGGAUGUUUUUCUUACAACUCACCCAUGGGACCGCCUCUCAGAUUGAGUGGGAAGAAAUGCAGUGUUCUUUGGUAUUUAAAUAAAUAAGGC